AUGGAAACUCUUCUCAAGUUUGACCCUGACCUUCGUGAGCACUCCCUGUCGGUGCAAGCAAAUGUGACAGAGUACGAAACUGGCGAGGUCCGAAUCCUGCAAAAAGAAAUUUCCUUUCAUAGUAGCGCCAUACAGCUCGAGUUUCUAACAUAUAGCACCGACGUUUAUAGACCAGGAUUCCCGUUCAGCACUUAUGUGAUUAUCCGCCAACCGGACGGUCGACCUUUGGUGAGCAAUGGUGAACGGGUCAAGGUCAGUGCGACGUUCUUCACAUUCAACGACAGCACCCCACAGCGGAUGUUUCGUCCCCCGAACAGCCCAUCGGCUAACCUCAUGACCUUUGUAUCCCCGUUCCGUAACGGUCGGGUAAUUCUCGCGCCCGACACGUACAUUGCAGUGCCGAGCAAUGGCGUCAUGAAGAUAGAUUUUGAGAUACCAGAAAACGCACUGUCGGGUCAUAUCGAGGUUUCUUUUAAGGACAAGAAAAUCACCAAAAAUAUCGAAUCGUUCCGUACAAAGAGUAGAGCAUAUAUUAAUCUGGAAAUGAAAUCGAGAUUUGCUAAGGUUGGCGAGCAAACGGAGUUUUCCCUGUCUAGUAACGUGGUGCCACAGCAAAAGAUCGUCUAUCACACCCGAUCCAAGACUGAAAUCUUCAGGGAGUAA